AUGAAGACAGACAACCAGACACUCAUUGCCCAAUUUACCUUCCAGGGAUUCUCGAGCUUCCAGGAGCACCAGCUCACCCUCUUCGUGGUCUUCCUUGCACUGUACUUAUUAACCCUGGUGGGCAAUGUCAUCAUUGUGACCAUCAUUAGCCUGGAUCGCCGCCUCCACACGCCCAUGUACUUCUUCCUCAGCGUAUUGUCAGCUUCAGAGACUGUGUACACCCUGGUCAUCAUCCCCCGCAUGCUCUCCAGCCUCGUGGGCCUGGGUCAGCCCAUCUCCCUGGGUGCCUGUGCCACCCAGAUGUUCUUCUUCAUCACAUUGGCCAUCAACAACUGCUUCUUGCUCACAGCCAUGGGAUACGACCGAUAUGUGGCCAUCUGCAACCCCCUGCGCUACUCACUCAUCAUGAACAAAAGUAUAUGUGCCCAGCUGGUGGGGGGCGCCCUCAGUAUCGGGCUGCUAGUAGCCAUCAUCCAGAUCUCCUCUGUGUUCAGGCUGCCCUUCUGUGGCACAGAAGUAGCCCAUUAUUUUUGCGACAUACGCCCAGUGAUGAAGUUGUCCUGUGCCAAAAAUGAUAUGCAUGACAUAAUGACUUUUGUCAUCAGCUCACUGGUCAUCCUUGUGCCCAUGGGCCUGGUCUUCAUCUCCUAUGUCCUCAUCAUCUCCUCCAUCCUCAGGAUCGCCUCAGCUGAGGGCAGGAAAAAGGCCUUCGCCACCUGCGCCUCUCACCUGACAGUGGUCAUCAUCCACUAUGGCUGCGCCUCCAUUGCCUACCUCAAGCCUAAGUCAGAAAACAGCAGGGAUGAAGACCAGCUGAUUUCAGUGACCUACACAGUCAUCACACCCCUGCUCAACCCCAUGGUGUACACCCUGAGAAAUAAGGAGGUCCAGCAUGCCUUGCGCAGGGUGAUGGGCAGGAAGCUUUCCUGA